GAUUGAAAGGUGGCAGAAGAGCAGAGCUGCAAAUAAGGAAUAACUCGAAUUCCGAACGUCCAUCCCGUUCCAUCUAGCGACAUUGGCCGUGCCCGCGGGGGAACUUCUGGAAGAUUAGCUGCAGGAGCCUUCCUCGGCCAUGGCUCUACCUAUCACAAUCCUGGACUGCGACCUCCUGCUGUACGGUCGAGGUCAUCGGACACUGGAUCGCUUCAAACUAGAUGACGUGACGGAUGAGUACCUGAUCUCCACGUACGGGUUCUCGCGUGAGUUUAUUUACUACCUGGUGGAUCUGCUGGGAGCCAGCCUUUCUCGCCCCACUCAGCGGUCCCGGGCCAUCAGCCCAGAAACCCAGAUCCUGGCGGCUCUGGGCUUUUACACUUCCGGGUCUUUCCAGACUCGACUGGGAGACGCCAUCGGCAUCAGCCAGGCCUCCAUGAGCCGCUGCGUGGCCAACGUCACCGAGGCCCUGGUGGAACGGGCCUCCCGGUUCAUCCGCCUCCCCGAAGACGAGCUGGCCCUGCAGAGCCUGAAGGACGAGUUUUACGGGCUGGCGGGGAUGCCCGGGGUGGUCGGGGUGCUGGACUGCACCCAUGUGACCAUCAAGGCGCCCAACGCGGAGGAUCUCUCCUACGUGAACGGGAAGGGCCUGCACUCUCUGAACUGUCUGAUGGUGUGCGACGUCAGGGGGACGCUGCUGCACGUGGAGACCCAUUGGCCUGGGAGCCUGAGGGACGCUGCUGUGCUGCACCAGUCAGCCCUGAGUGGCCGGUUGGAAGCCGGGAUGCGCAAAGAUGGCUGGCUCCUCGGGGACAGCUCCUUUUAUCUUCGCACCUGGCUCAUGACUCCACUCCCCAUCCCGGAAACCCCCACGGAGUGUCGCUACAACUUGGCCCAUUCUGCCACCCACAAUGUGAUCGAGAGGACAUUCCGGACUCUCCGUUUCCGCUUCCGCUGCCUGGAUGGAUCCAAAGGGGCUCUGCAGUACUCUCCAGAGAAAUCCAGCCACAUCAUCCUGGCCUGCUGUGUGCUCCACAACAUUUCCCUGGAGCACGGGCUGGAUGUGUGGUCCUCCCCUGUCACUGGUCUCAUGGAGCAGCCAGAGGAAGAGGUGGAGCACAUGGAGUCCCUGGAUUCAGAAGCCGACCGCAUCCGCCGGGAACUGAUGCUCACUCAUUUCAGCUAGACUGGGAAUCGAGGGAGGAGGAGCCUUCCGGAAGGGUGGACCUGUGAAAACGCUCUCCAUCUCAAAUCUCCCCUCAAACCCGACCCCC